CUUAUAGAAUAUUGAUCUUAAAAGAUAACCAGUUAACAUGAGUACUGAAGUGGACAGGGCUUAUAGUCCAACUGAUCCUGCAAAUACAUCUGCUAUGUCUAAUGAUAUAACAUUAAAUGGAACCAAUGAAGCCAUAUCUCCAGAUCCCAGUACGACGAAGACUCCUGGAAAAAAGUCAUCUGAAACGAUUGAUACAAGUAUGAUGAAUGGUACUACAGAAGAACAUACUGUAAAUGGAGAAAAGGAUACCCCUGCUGUGCUGUCAGAUAUUCAAAUCCAGACUGACUUCAAAGAGCCAGCUCCUUUGCUAGUUGUUAAACCAGGAGAAUGCCUACCAGCUGACAGCUUCUAUGCGACUAAACCUGAUGGUGCAGUCAAACUGCACAUGGCGAACUCUGGGCCAAGAUCUGAACAACCAAUUACAGUUCACCAACAGUUGGUUAACACUAUGAAAGAAUUCCCAGAUUUGAAAGCAUUAUCUGUCAAGAGAAAUGAUGAAUGGAUAAGCUGGACAUGGACUGAAUAUUAUCAUGCAUGCCGCAAUACAGCUAAAGCUUUUAUAAAGCUUGGAUUGGAAAGGUUUCAUGGAGUUGGAAUAAUUGGGUUCAAUUCACCAGAGUGGUUUAUGGCAGAUGUGGGAGCCAUUUUUGCUGGGGGUUUAGCAGUGGGUAUUUAUACAACAAACUCACCAGAAGCUUGCCACUAUGUAGCAGAUAACAGUGAUGCCAAUAUCAUUGUUGUUGAAAACACUGCACAACUUAAGAAGAUCUUAAAAGUCUGGGACAGGUUGCCACAUCUUAAAGCUAUUGUGCAAUAUUCUGGUGAGCUGGAAGAGAAAAGAGAGAAUGUAUACACUUGGUCAGAGUUACAGGAAUUUGGUAAGCUGGUUACAGACUCUGAAUUAGAUGAAAGAAUAGACUUCCUGGCACCAAAUCAGUGUUGUACAUUGAUUUAUACUUCCGGAACGACUGGAAACCCUAAAGGUGUCAUGCUUAGUCAUGAUAAUUUUGUGUGGACAACUAAAAUGUGUGUUUCGGCGGCUAAGCUGAACAAAGGUACUGACUGUCUGGUUAGUUAUUUACCUCUAAGCCACGUUGCAGCUCAGUUAUUUGAUAUCUAUAUUCCGAUGGUAGCUUGUGGAACAACAUACUUUGCACAACCAGAUGCUCUGAAGGGCACUCUAGUUAAUACUUUGAAAGAAGUGAGACCAACAGCAUUUCUUGGAGUUCCACGUGUGUGGGAAAAAAUCCAGGAUACAUUGAAAGAAGUGGGACGUAAUGUUACUGGAUUUAAAAAGAGAAUCUCAACAUGGGCUAAAAGUGUUGGCUACGAUGGCAAUAUGAGAAUCAUGAAUGGACAGUCACCGCCAUGGGGAUGGACACUUGCAAACAUGUUUGUAUUCAAGAAGAUCAAAGCUGCAUUGGGUUUUGAUAGAUGUAACUUAUGUUUUUCGGGGGCUGCUCCAAUUGCAAAAGAAACUGAGGACUAUUUUAUGAGUCUUAAUAUACCUAUCUAUAAUAUAUAUGGAAUGAGUGAAAGCUCAGGUCCACAUACGAUAUCAUUACCCGGAAAAUUCUUAGUUGGUAGUGCAGGCAAAGAAUUUCCCGGAAGUGAAACGAAACUUGCAGAUCCAGAUAAGGAUGGCAAUGGAGAGGUCUGUUUUGGUGGACGUCAUGUGUUUAUGGGUUAUCUUAACAAAUUGGAUAAAACCCAGGAAGCAAUAGAUGAGGAUGGAUGGUUACACAGCGGUGAUAUUGGACGAAAAGAUAAGAAUGAUUUCCUUAUUAUCACUGGAAGAAUUAAAGAAAUCAUCAUCACGGCCGGUGGCGAGAAUGUGCCUCCCGUACUCAUAGAAGAUCAAGUGAAAGCCGAGUCGCCUCUCAUAAGUAAUUGUAUGCUGAUUGGUGAUAAGAGAAAGUUCCUGGCAAUGUUGAUCACUCUUAAAGUUGUUAUCAACCCUGAUACCCAAGAGUCAACAGAUAAAUUAACACCAGCAGCAAUCCAUGCUGCAAAAGAACUUGGUAGCAAUGCUACUUUGUCAUCAGAAGCCAAAAAGGACGAGAAGAUCAACAAAGCUAUACAAGGUGCUGUAGAUCGCUAUAACGCUAAUGCAACAUCAAGAGCUCAAAAAGUCCAGAAAUUUACUAUUCUGGAAGGUGAUUUUUCAAUUGCUGGUGGUGAACUUGGACCAACACUGAAACUGAAAAGACAUUUUGCAGUCAGCAAAUACACUAAUGAGAUUGAAGCUUUCUAUGAAGAAACGCCCAAGAAUUGAUGCAACUAUAGUGUGAAUAGUUUGCCACAAACAAUGCAGUUGUAAAUAAAUAAGAUUGAAUGUCAUUUUGAAUUCUGAUUCUAUUAAAGGUAUAAUUAUUCAGAUUCUAUUACCAUGAUGUUAAUUGGUGCUAUAUAUAUUGUAAACAGAAAUAAUAGAGUUUUUGCAGUGAUGUGUACUGAUACCAUUUUGCCACAGUUUUGGUUGAAAAUUGUAAAUUUGUUUGUUUUUUUUGCUGAUGUGUAAUGAACUAUGCUAGACCAAAGAGUGAUAAAUUAUGAUACAUUUAAUCGAAUCUUGUGACUGAAAUAUGAUUUCCUUGAAUCAUAUCUUGAGAGCUCAAAUCUGAAAUUGUGUUAGUUCAUCUAUGUAGCUGAUUGCAUUCUAAAAACAAAACUUAAUUAUGAAAAUGUUAUUUUUUAAUAAAGUUUUACAACAUGGUGGCCCUCCCAUGUUGUAUCUCACUUUAUGCACACCACUUCCUAAUGUGAAAGUUACGCUGUUAUGUAAAUGCUCGUUGGUCUUUCUAGAUGAUUAAUACUCUACAUGGGAGUGCCACUUAGUUAAUUAUAUUUUACAUUUCAAUAUUUAUGCUGCAUAGCAGUGUUAUGUGAAAUGUGAGAAAGUCUGUAACAUACUGUAAUUGCGGUUAAAAUUCCAUAAGUAUAUCAAUCUACUUCUCACAUGGUCUUAGUGAGAGUUGGUCAUUGUAGUUGUGUGGGCUUAUCCACUCUUUGUGAGAUGUACUUGAAGAGCCAGCAAUAGUUAUAUGCUUCAUGAACCUUACCAGUUUUUAAUUAGAUCUCAGUGAUGGUCACAGAGAUAUUAACAUUCUAGAAUAAUAUUUUCAUGGUUUAUUGCUGCCUAGAUGUAGUAAAUUACAAUGUCAGUCACUUAAUUGAGAUAUUUCAGUUUCCAAAGAUAAGAUAUGAGAAUUUUGUAUGUGACUUUUAUGCAUACGAUUCAUAAAAUUAGAAAUGUAGUAAUUAUGGUUUCAAUUUAGGCCAUUUGACAAGGUAUACUUUACCAAA